CUGGUUACCAGCUGCCAGUUGAUCAUUAGCCAACCAAGCUCUCUAACGACAAUAUGGUUAAGUUAACUUUGUACGGAGUGAAUGCCAGCCCCCCCGUUCGAGCUGUGAAGCUGACGUUGGCGGCCUUGAACCUGCCCUACGACUUUGUGAAUGUCAAUCUCGCGGGUCUCGAGCAACUGUCGCCCGAGUAUGUAAAGAAGAAUCCACAGCACACGGUACCCACUUUGGAGGAAGACGGCCACUUCAUUUGGGACUCGCAUGCAAUCAUCGCCUAUCUGGUGUCCAAAUAUGCCGAUAGUGACAGUCUGUACCCCAAGGAUCUGCUGCAGCGGGCCGUGGUCGAUCAGCGUCUACAUUUCGAGAGCGGAGUGGUCUUUGCCGAUGGCCUGAGGAGCAUCACGAAGCCUCUAUUGUUCUUUAAUCAGAAAGUUAUUCCCAAAGAGAGGCAUCAAGCCAUUGUCGAGAUCUAUGACUUCGUGGAGACCUUCCUAAAGGACCAGGACUACAUUGCUGGAAAUCAGCUGACCAUAGCGGACUUCAGCCUUGUGUCCACCAUCACCUCGCUGGAGGCCUUUGUCGGCAUCGAUCGCGCCAAAUAUGUGAGAACUAGUGCCUGGAUCAAGCGUCUGGAACAGCUCCCCUACUACGAGGAGUCCAAUGCCAAAGGUGUCCGGGAAUUGUUUGCCAUUAUCAAGCAAACAAAUUUCAGCUUUGCAUCGUGAUCCAGCUGUAAAUUUAUAUGCUGCUCAUAUUUCACAAUAAAUACAAUAAACAAUA